AUGACAUCAGCCAUACUUAAUGAUCAGACACCGGUUCCGACUCAAACACAGCCGUUGCAGGGUUUGCCCAUAAUUGGAGCAUUGAUUCCAGCCAAUUUGCUUGGAAAUUUGGGCAGUACCCUGCAAUCAUUGAUUCCCCUGAAUUUGCUGGGCGGAGGGGGAGGAGGAGGAAAUGCUGGUGGCUUAGGCGGUCUGGGCAAUCUUGGUGGUUUGGGCAACCUAAAUUUGGGUGGAUUAUUACCAGGUUUGGGACUACCACAAACUCAGCAAAACCAGUGUCCCAUAGGACAGGUGUCGCGAUGCCGCUGUGAAGGAGUUAUACCCCUGAAUCAAAAGGCACAGGACACAUUGGAAAUCCUGCAGCAGAAAGUUUCGUUGAAUGUAAAUGGUGAAAAGGAAGUGAGUGCUCGUCUGAACAAUGGCCUAUUGAUGUAUCAACGAUCGGGCAAUGAAGUUGUGCCCCCGGCUACAGUAGAAUCUGCCGUUACCCAGGGCUACUUUACACUCAAAUUAAACACAUCAAAAUAUCUAACGAUCUACUACACGGUGACCAAUGGGGACUAUACCGUAAAGGGUAAGGAUCCUAGCUAA